CAAAUCGUAAAAAAAGACACUCCCGACCCACCUCGAAAGUUUCUGUUAUUUCUUAGAGUAAUUCACUGAAGAGCAAUGGGUCGGCCAAACUCCCCAGAAAGAAGCAAUAGGUUCGUCACAAUUCCAUUUCUUAGAGUAAAUAUUGCUCCUUUGACGCUGAGUUAGUUGCCGCUGCAUGUCGUUGUUAAUGCUUUUGAAGUGUUUGAUGAAAGUCCUGACUGAAACAAAUAAAGAACAAUGAAGUGAUUUCAGCUCACUUUUUUGGGUUCAUCUAUAUUGUGCGAACUGAAUUCACUGUCUUUCUUCAUGUUAAUGAAUUACUUUCCCAUUUCUGCUAAUUAAGCAGCAAAGGAUCAGGCUACACUAAAUGCAGUUUGUCUUUGGUAAGUUUUGGUUCAGAUGGAACACUAACAAAGAUGUGCUGUGUUCAUCAAUAAAUACAUCAUUACAAGAACAUGACUAGGUGGUUUCUAUUCACUAAGGUUGGAACCUCUGAUUUUCUCUGUAAAUCUCAAUCCGGAUAUAGUUACCAGCAGAAGUUUAGUUUGGUGAAUGUAAAGUUGAAAUGGGUGAAAGAUGGGACACUUGAUGCUGUUGUGACUGUUGAUAAGGAUCUCAAAGCAGCAUGCACUCUUGUUACCCUUAUAUCCUCUGCACCUCAGCGUAAGCUUCCUAUAUAUCACCUCGCCUGUCAUCGUGGACAACUCGGUCUCCCUGUUGAUCUCAAACUCUCAACCUUCCUCAGGAGAUACCCUUCCAUUUUUCUCGAGUCACAUGUUCUCGACACUGGAGGAACUCGUGUCCCUUGCUUCAGCUUAACCCGCGAAGCUCUAGAACUACGCGAAGAAGAACUCCACAUCCUUGAGCAAAAUCAGAGUGAUUUUCUUACUAGGCUCCGCAAACUCUUCAUGCUCACCAGAAACUGGACCCUUCCUUUACAAACCAUAGACCAGUUGAGAUGGGAUUUUGGAUUGCCAUAUGAUUAUCGCCGUACUUUUAUUCCUCGUCACCCUGACCUGUUCUCUUUUGUCCACCUUCCUGAUAAACGAGACGGCUUGAAGCAUAAGAUAUGGGAUGAUGACCUUGCUGUGUCGGAACUGGUUAGGAAUUCUGCUCCACAACAACAGGAAGAAGACCUGAAGAGUGGCUGCUUAGCCUUUCCAAUUGGAUUCACUAGGGGUUUCGGGCUCAAGAGAAAAUGCAUGGAGUGGUUGAAAGAAUGGCAGAAGCUGCCAUAUACUUCCCCAUACAUUAACACGUCCCAUUUGGAUCCACGUACUGAUGUGUCUGAGAAGAGAGUUGUUGGAGUCUUUCACGAGCUUCUUCACCUCACUCUGCAAAAGAAGACCGAGCGCAGGAAUGUGAGCAACCUCCGCAAGCCACUGGCUCUUCCCCAGAAGUUUACUAGAGCGUUUGAGCGCCAUCCGGGCAUUUUUUACAUAUCAAAGAAGUGUGACACUCAAACUGUGAUUCUCAGAGAAGCCUAUGACGGUGGCCAGCUCUUGCACAGACAUAGGCACCCGCUGCUCGAAAUCAGGGAAAAAUUUGCAGCCAUGCUUAGAGAAGGGCUACUAGACAGAAGCAAGGGCUUGUACAAGAAAAGUAGAAGAGUUGUUGUGGAAGAGGACUCGUCCAAGUAUGUAUCUGAUGGUGAAUUCAGCUGUGGUGGAUUAAGUUCUGAAUUGGAGUUUGACACUCAUGAGUAUUCAUCAAAGAACAAUCAAAGUUAUUAGAUUUGAUCUCAAAACAAAGAUAUAGAUGUGUGUGUGUGUGUGUAGACAAAUUUGGUGAGAUGUCAAUUCUUCUGAGAUGAUCAAUUCGGACCUAAUUAUGUCAUGAAUUGGCUUUGGACAGUCUGUCUAGAUGGGGAAGUUUACUUGUCAUGAACAAACAAGGUUAUAGAUAUUACUUGAAACACUUCAAAAUAAUAAGUCAUUUGUUUUCAUUUGGACUUGUGUACAAUAAUUAAUUAAAUAUUAAAUAUUCGGAAGAAAAUUUUAUC